AUGUCCAGGCGCAGUGAUCGCAUCACGCUUCAAGCCAGAGAUCCAAACAGCGCACCAGUCGUCACAAUCACGAUUAGGAAAAGAAAGACUGAGUGUUCUAAGAAGAAACUACAACCCGCUGCCAAGAAACAAAGCUAUGAAAUACAAAAGUGUUGGUCAGAGGAUGGAGCGUCUCCAUGCAUUCUCAUAGAAACUCCCCACAAAGAGCUAAAACCAGCAAACCCGUCCAACUUCAAACAAUACACAUUCAAGAACCUCUUCAUCAAGGCUUCGCCCAUUCCUCAUCUCAGUUGGGCUAGUUCGGACGAUGUGUGGAUCAAAAUGCUUAACAAGGAGCUGAAGUACGUUCAUGACAAGAGCUACCUGCAGCGGCAUCCUAAACUGCAGCCCAAGAUGAGGGCAAUUCUCCUGGACUGGCUGCUUGAGGUGAGUGAGGUGUACAGCCUUCACAGACAGACAGCGUAUCUUGCCCAGGACUACUUUGACCGCUUCAUGCUCACUCAGGAGAAUAUCAACAAAGACUACCUGCAGCUCAUCGGCAUCACAGCGCUCUUCAUUGCCUCCAAGAUAGAGGAAAUCUACCCUCCUAAAACCUACGAGUUUGCCUAUGUCACGGACGGUGCCUGCGACCAGUGGGACAUCCAGCGCACAGAGCUUCACAUAUUAAAGGCGUUAGACUGGAACCUGUGUCCUGAGACCCCCAUCUCCUGGUUGAAGCUGUACACUCAGGUUGAAGCCCAGAAAAAUGGAGUGAACUUCCUGGAGCCGCAGUUCUCCCAGGAAACCUACAUCCAGAUCACACAGCUGUUGGACUUGUGUAUGAUGGACAUCACCGCGCUCGACUAUAACUACAGCGUUCUUGCCGCAGCUGCCUUUUGCCACUUUUCCACCUUUGACGUUGUUCAUAAAGUCUCAGGUCUCACAUGGGAUAGUGUGUCUCAGUGUUAUCAGUGGAUGACUCCCUUCAUGGAAACACUGCGAUCUGAACCCAAACCUCAGCUCAAGAACUUCCCAAAAGUCAGAGCAGAUGACAGACACAAUAUCCAGACACACGUGGCCUAUCUGGACCUACUGAGAAAAGCUCAGGAGUGUCAGAUCUCCGAGAGUAACGCCGGUCAGCUAUCGCCUGUUGCCGCGGGACCGAUUCUGACACCACCCAGCAGCACAGAGAAGCCACCCAAUCCCUGA